AUGCGUAAAUUCUUCGAGAGCCUCCAUUCGCAUAAACUUCUCACAAGCAAGAAGCGCCAAAAACCCUCAAUCGACCAUGACAACUGCCCAAUCAAUGACCAUUCGUCCUUCCCCUUUUUCUCCCUUCCGCCAGAGAUCCGCAACCAAAUCUACUUUGCUCUCUUUAGCUGUGACCAAGCCAUUCACCUUUUCCAUGUUAAAGAAACCCUCUACCUACUCCGCUGCCGCCAGUCAACUCCGCACCUCGACGGGACCUGUUGCCCCCAUCUCUCCCUAGCCGACGGCGCCAUCCCGUUCAUACGCGACUCCUUGGCCAAAAUCUCUCACUGCGAUAAUACAUGUAAGUCAAGAAUUAAGACGCCACAUUCAACCCUCGCCCAUCUACCCACUUCCAUCCUAUACGCAAACAAGCAACUAUACAACGAGGCAGCCGCCGUGCUCUAUUCAGAACUCAGCUUCGAAGCCUCUGAGCUCAAGACUUGGAUCCUCUUUGCGCGCAUGGUGUCACCUCACCAUCUGGCGCUCAUCAAGCGGUUGUGGAGCACCUGGAUUGGUUUACCGUGUUUAACAAUGGCGCCGGUACGUCCUGGUGCUACCGGUUAUGCCUCAUACGAACAAUAUACGUUGUGGGACGAGCCGUGGGACGAGUUUUGGGCGAUUGUGAACAGUAGGAUGGACGGCUUGGUGGAGCUCGGCUUUUGUAUGAAUUACGAUGCGCAGUAUUUGGAUCGAUCGACGGGGGCGAAGUGGCUGGAGCCUAUGUUGACAGUCAGAGGAUUAAGGAACCUCGACGUGUGGGUUCGGGAUAGGAUUGGGGGCCAGAGUAAUAGGCGUGGAGAGGAUGAGCCUGGAGCGAAGCGAGAGGGAGAGGCCUUGGUGCAAUUUUUAAAAGGGAUUAUGUGUCAGGGUAAACGGCAAAAACUGGUUGAUGGUACUCAUGGUGACCUUCCUGCAGAGGUAGUCGCUGGCGAGCAAUGUACGGCCAGGGAGCAUAAUCCUCGAUCCCGAGGCCCUACAUCCGUUGAACCGUACUCCGUACAUAAUUUCCAAGCCGCCGAUAUGGAGCCAUCAGAGUCGAAUAAUGGUGUGUUCGCAUGCAGCUCCAAGGAGGCCAUUAGCCUGGACAUAUUUCAAGGUGUGUACCAAUACGCAGAGUGGAGAAUUUGCUUAACUGAUGAGCUUCAAGAUCUAGUAUUGCUACUAUAUUUGGGAAUUCAUACGUUGGUGUUAAAUAUGACCUCCGCGCGGGUUAGAUAUCGCCACAGGGAGCAAGUUGUCUUCAUCGCCCUGUUAUCUGAUGUUGAGGAGGAGAUUACUGGUCCUUGGGAUGAACUCCACUCUUACAUGCGAAGUUCCAAGCGCCAAAUGUGA